GCCCUUCGAUGUGCAUACCUACAUCUAUGCACGGGGAGUCAUUAGCACUCCAAUAUUCUGAAUAACUAAUCAGCACCUGGGUAUCCGAGUAAAUAGAGAAUUCGUAACUCGAUCGAAUUGGGGGGCAAGACUUCAGUCAUCGUGUUCUUCAACCUUUGCACUAACAUCUAGAUUUUCGAGCUUUUCAUCUAGGUCAAUAUUCUCAUAUUCCCGAUCGUCAGCGUCUUAAUCCCUUGUGCGAAGAUCAGCCCACAGUCUUGAUCUGCAAUAUGGCACGACAAUUCCAGCCGCAAGAGCUCAAAGGCUUCGAGAGCCUAAGUCCGGGUACAUAUUCUACACCAGGUGGGAGUACCCUCUCCUACUCGCAUACACCAGCAUCACAACACAAGCCUGGCACCCCUAUCCUAGUCUUACUCCAUGGAUGGCCGCAGACAAGAUACAUUUGGCGGUAUGCCGUACCAGUGCUUUCGGAGAGGGGCUACACACUAUUCGCACCUGACUUGCCCGGGUACGGAUAUAGCACCAUGUCCACGGUCUCUGCAUCGGAAUUAGGCUCGAAAUCGGAGCAUGACCGGGUAAGCGUCGGAUUUGGGAUACUAUCAGCUGUGCGCGCCGUGUACGGCGAUGACAACUCCUCUCCUGCCAACAAUGAAGAUGAGCUUCAAGUCGUGCUGAUAGGACAUGAUCGUGGAGGUCGUGUGGCGCAACGUUUAGUCACAGCCCCUUUUGGGUCCUCUCCCCCAGUUCCAAAAUCUCUUAAUAUUCGUAUCCUCGGCGCGAUGCUCUUGGAUAUAGUUCCCUAUAGUGCGCAGUGGAGUGCACAUGCAAACCCACGAGCAUCCACAAAAUAUUGGCACUGGACGUUUCUACCUUCGGCAUUUAGCGUACCAAUGGUUCAAGCAUACGGUGGAGGUCGCUUCUGCCGGGAAAUAAUAGCCGCAGUUGCGGGGAACAAUGAAGCUGGCCGCAAAAGUUUGUAUGCAGAUGGUGCCGUUGAGCACUAUGUGAAGUGCUACGAGCAAGACGAGGUGAUCCGUGGCGCCGUAGCGGACUAUAGUGCCGGCGCUGCUGAAGAUUGGGACGCGCAACAAGAUGACAUUAGAAAUGAGCAGAAAAUCCAAACCCCUACCGUUGUGCUUUAUUGCGAAGGCCUGGGCACAAUGCAUAGGGACGUCGAGGCGGUCUGGAAACAGUGGGUAGAUCCUAGUGCUAAGCUUGCUGUCCAUGCUUUGCAAGGUGGUGUUGGCCAUUAUCUGCCGGAGGAAGCGCCAGAGGAGACUAAUAAGCACAUCAUGGAAUUCCUUGAGGCGCUUGGGCUAUAGAUCCUCUCGGCUGGUAAUGGAGGGUUGGGACGGGAUAGUAGAGACACGUUUCGGGAGCUCAACUUGUUGGAAACACCUGGCAAUGAGUGCCUCACAAACAUUUUCUUCCUUGGAAAGAUCAGCUAAAGUAGAUUCAUCUUAGCUUCAUUUGACAUUUCAGAACACGAAAAUGACGGGCAUUCAUAAGAUACCUGCUUAAUACUGGUA